UGGAAGUGAGGCUACUGGCUAUUCCCUCGAUCAACCAUCGCUGUAAGGAAUGUUGAGCAAACGUCAAACGCGAAGAGGGACAAGAAAAAAGUAGCGUGCAAGCACUUCACGUUUGAGUUCGUUUCCUAGAUAUACAUGUUUAAAUUCGUAAUAAUUUGCUAUUCUAAUUAAUUAUAAGUAUACUAUUUCACAUAAUCUUUGUGCCGUAGAGUUUGUAAUUCCACCCUUAGGCCGGCGAACAUAACCUCGAUUCCCACCCACAAGUUACGAUAAACACUGAAAUGUAAGCAAAUUUAUAUCGCUGAUGCUAAUACUAACGAUAAAUAUAAUUUCAGCUUUGAAGCUGUCCAAUUGGCAACUACAAGACGGUGUUUGAAUCGAGUAUCCGCUCCGGGUUCGUUAACAAACUUCAAAGAUUUCAUUCCAGAGUAGGAUUGAAAAGAAACGGAACUAUGCAAGAUUCAUCGGACAGUAGGCACUGCAAGAAGUGCACUAAGCCGGAUGAGGCCGACAAUAUGGUCGGGUGCGACGCCUGCGAUGCGUGGGAGCACUAUGGAUGUGCCGGCGUAUCAGACUCGAUAGCCGACUCCAACCGUUCAUGGAAAUGUGAAAGCUGCAAACGUCCAGCACAAAUAACAUCCGCCCCAGAAUCGUCAGUAUCCGCGUACACAUCCGCGUCAAGUAAAAAGUCCCGCCAGGCUCAACUAAGACUUGAACUGUUAGAACAGCAGAAUCAAGUAAGAAUGAGGAAGCUGGAGGAGGAAGAGAGAUAUUUGAAGGAAAAGUUUGAAAUAUUGAUGCAGUUUGAAGAAGAGGAUGAGAUAAUCAGCAAUAGGAGCAAAGUAAGUGCGCGGUCAAAACAAGAAAGAUUGGAGAACUGGUUGAGGCAGGAUAAUACCCCCAUCUCGGACGGUGAGUACGAAAUCCCACACGGAGUAGAGAAAGGGAGAGGAGAUCCUGAAAUUCUCAAAUCUGUCAUCGAAGAACAACCUGUGGCAAUUCCUGCCUUGGAAAUAAAGUCAGUUCCAAGGAAGUUGGAAAAUCGAGUCCCUAUCGAAAGUACACUGAAGGUUGUUCCUACUCCAACUCCACGGAAGACCACAACAAUAAUCACAUCCCGGACUAGUAAUACAUACCCAACAGUGCCAGCGUUUGGUAGUGCGACAGUACCUACGGUACAAUACUUCGGGCACCUUCCUUCCAACAAAAUAUUAAAGCCUAGCGAGCCGAGCACGAAUGUUUGGAAUGUGUCGUCAACAGAAACUGUAGAACCAGCGGUCUGCAAAAAUACCACACUGAAGAUUUCUACGGUACCAACUGGAGUGGAAACGAGCGGGUCACACCAAAAUAAGUUCCAGAGAAGUAAUCAUCAAAUGCCAGAGCUUGAUCCGAUCAGCUUCAGUCAAGGUUGCCAAAAAACUAGUGGACCAUUCACAGCAGAUUCGAGACCACAGUUCCCAAGCCCAGGCCUAAAACCAGAGAACUAUCAUUUGGAGCCGGUAGCAUCUGGACCAACAACGUCUCAACUUGCAGCUCGACAAGUCAUGCCGAAGGACUUACCAAUCUUCUCCGGUGACCCCGAAGAUUGGCCUAUGUUCUACAGUAGUUUUAAAAACUCCACCCAAGUAUGUGGCUACAGUGAUGCCGAAAACCUGGCCAGGCUCCAGCGAUGCCUUCGUGGAAGUGCACUAGAUUCAGUCAGAAGUCGUUUGCUACUUCCUUCCUCAGUAGGCAGCGUGAUUUCGACACUUCAAAUGCUAUACGGCCGACCAGAAAUUCUCAUCAACUCACUCCUAAGACGUGUGCGGUCCACUCAAGCUCCGAAAGCGGAUAAUUUGAAGUCAAUAGUUGACUACGGACUGGCAGUGCAAAACCUCAUAGAUCAUAUGAUCAUUUCGCAACAACAAAAUCACCUGGAAAAUCCGCUACUGCUCAAUGAGCUAGUGGAAAAACUUCCUACCAACUUCAAGCUACAGUGGAGUAGCUACAAACAAGGGCAGGUGAACAUUAAUUUGGCAACGUUUAAUGGCUUCGUAUCAAACCUGGUAUAUCUGGCAUCUGAUCUGCUAGUUACCUCAGAUUCAUACCAUACUAAUCUUAAAGGACAUCGUUCGGAAAAACAGAAGGAAAAGUUAUUCGUACACGCACAAGAUCCGACGCACGAAUCCGAUGACGAAGCACAGAGCUCAGGAACAACUUCUCAGGAUCGGUUAAACAAACCCUGUUCUUAUUGCGACGUAAAUGGACACUACAUAGUCAACUGUCAACCCUUCAAAACUUUAACUGUCGAUGCUCGCUGGAAAGCCAUUCGCUCGAAGAAUCUAUGCAGAACGUGUCUGGUUCCUCACCGAAGAUGGCCAUGUAGGUCAAAAAGGGAAUGUGAACUUGAAGGCUGUCGAGCGCGCCACCAUCAACUCCUGCAUGCGCCGCAGCUGGACCCGGUCGCUACUGCUACAAGUAGCGAUAUGCCAGUUCAUCAGAACCACCACCAAAGUCAUUCCAUUUCUCUUUUUCGGUACCUACCUGUAAAGCUGUUCGCAAACGGAAAAGUGGUAAAAAUAUUCGCCUUUCUGGACGAAGGUUCAAGUUCAACUCUCUUAGAAGCAGAAGUCGCAAAGCAGCUGGAUAUGGAUGGACCAUCAUCGUCGCUUUGGCUUUCCUGGACUGGGAAUAUCUCGAGGGAAGAGAAAGGGUCAAAAUGUGUAAGCCUAACGAUUGCCGGAGAAAGAUCGCUGCAAAAAUAUACCAUCGACAAUGUCUUAACAGUGGACGAAUUAAAUUUGCCGAAGCAGUCUUUCAAUUACGAAAGUCUUGCUACUCAACAUCCGCAUAUGGUCGGGCUUCCACUACAAAGUUAUUCGAAUGUCGUUCCCCGUAUGAUUAUCGGAUUGGAGCAUGCACGUCUUCUGACUUCACUAAAAACACGAGAAGGGCCACAUGAAGGGCCUGUGGUAGUUAAGACCAGACUGGGGUGGUGCGCGUUCGGAAAGGAAUCCGGUAUGACACACAUAUCAGAGCAGCUCAAUUUCCACAACACUGUAACUAAUCAGUCGCUACAUGAUAUCAUGAAAUGUUACUUCGCAGUAGAAGAAAGUGCCGUGUCAUUGAGGCCCGAGGCCGAAGAAGACAAGCGUGCAUUACACAUUCUACAAAAGACUACAGUACGUCAAGGAAAUCGAUAUGAAACGGGUUUGUUAUGGAGAAUCGACAAUCCAACAUUUCCUGACAGCCUGUCGAUGGCUAAAAGCCGUUUGAAAUCCCUAGAAAAACGAAUGCAAUGCGAUCCGGAACUAGCAGCUAACGUGCAGGGGCAGAUCGAUAGCUACGUACGGAAAGGUUAUGCACAUAAAGCGACUCCGGAAGAGCUCCAGCGAACAGAUGCUCGACAUGUAUGGUAUCUUCCACUGGGCGUUGUAGUAAGCCCGAAAAAACCCGAGAAAAUCAGACUAAUCUGGGAUGCAGCCGCAAAGGUGCAGGGAGUUAGCCUCAACGAUCUUCUACUAAAAGGACCUGAUCUACACGUGUCCUUGAUAACGGUGAUACUCAGAUUCCGGGAACGAAAUAUCGCAGUAUGUGGAGACAUCUGCGAAAUGUUCCACCAAAUCAGGAUUAGGGCAGAGGACAGACAGUACCAACGGUUUCUAUGGAGAAGUAACUCGACGGAAGAUAUCGACGUGUAUGUAAUGGAUGUUGCCACGUUUGGCGCUACGUGCUCACCAUGCUCGGCUCAGUACAUAAAAAAUAAAAACGCCGAAGAGCAUUCCAAGGUCUACCCGAGAGCAGCGAGAGCUAUCACAGAAAACCAUUAUGUGGACGAUUUUCUCGAUAGCACUGAUACGGUGGAAGAAGCUGUACAGUUAGUAGAACAGGUGAAAGCUAUUCAUGCAUCGGCAGGAUUUGAAAUAAAGAAAUUUAAGUCAAACUACUCGGAAGUCCUCAAUACUAUCGGCGAAACAGAUACUUCGACUGGAAAACCGAUCAACGCAGACAAACAGGGAUCAACCGACCGUGUACUGGGACUAGUGUGGGACCCCGUUAAAGAUACUUUCACGUUCGAUGUCUCCUGUUUAAAUAAUCAAUCACUGCUCAACGGAUGUAUUACUCCUACGAAAAGACAAGUGCUCCAACUUAUCAUGAGGCUGUUCGACCCCUUGGGAUUAAUUUCUCAUUAUAUUGUUCACGGGAAAAUAAUAAUGCAAGAGAUCUGGAGGAGUGGGACGAAUUGGGACGAGCCGAUUGCCGAGAGUUUGUUGGACAUGUGGUUUCGAUGGGUAGAAUUACUACCACAAAUCAAUGAAGUACAGGUGCCAAGGUGUUUCUUUGGCGAUACAUCAUCCAACUCGCUGCAGGAAUUACAAGUACAUGUAUUUGUGGAUGCAAGCGGCUAUGAUUGGUUCUCGUCUAAUACAAUCCAUCUGCACUUCCAUGACGCUUCCGAUUACCAAACGAUAUUUGUGGACAGACUCCAGCACUGUGUUGGCAUGGCUCCGCUCUGA